AUGACGAUGAACGGCGCGGCGGGGGCGGCCGCGAGCGCGCGGACGCGGCUGCUCGGGGAGGGACGCAACAACAGGAGGAGCGCGGGGCGGUGGUCGCUGCUGGCGCGUUCGGGCCACUCCGCGACGCUGGUUGGCAGCGACGUGUUCAUCAUAGGCGGGUGCCACGGGAACCGCGACGCGGAGCUGCGGUUCAAGGACGUUCUGCGGCUGGACACAACGACGGGCGCGGUGGUUGUCGCAGUCGAGGAGGACCGGUCGCCGCUGACGCCGUGCAAGCACCACUCCGCCACGCUGCUGAACGAGAAGGAGAUCUGGGUCGUCGGUGGAGCCACGCGCGAGCAGGUCCUGGGCGACGUCCACGUCCUCGACGCCACCACGCUCAAGUGGCGCCGCCCCGUCAUCUCCGGCGACACCGCCCUCCUCCAGCGCACCGCCCACGGCGCCUGCGUCAGCCCAACACACCCCCACGUGCUGCUCAUCCACGGAGGGUUCGGCGGCGACAGCGUCGAGCUGCUCGGCUCGCUCGUCGCGCUCGACACCCGCCGCCGCCACGUCGAGCUCCUCGCGCCCCCCGGGCCCGCGCCCGCCCCCCGCGCCUACCACAGCUUCACCGCCGUUGCCGAGUGGUGCGUCGCGUUCGGCGGACGCAGGGAGGACGGCCCGUGCUCCGCGGGACCGGGCUCGCUCCACAUCUACCACCCCGCCUCCGCGCGCUGGUUCAAACCCACCCGCGUCCUCGGUCCGGAGCCGCCGGCGCGCUCGAGCCACAGGGCCGUCGCGGUCCCCCCCGGGAGUAUGCUCUUGUUCGGCGGCACGGACAUCUCCCGCCAGCGCCUCGACGACGCGCACCUCCUGCUGCUCGCCGCCGCGGGCCCGGACGCGGCCUGCCCCGCGCUCCGCUGGGUCCCCGUGAGCGGCUCGGGCUCCGCCGCGGCCGUGCCAUCGCUCUCGGGCCCCCAGCGCACCCACCGCAGCCGGAGCCCGAGCCCCGUGCCGGGCGUGAACACGGGCCGCUCGUCGGGCGUCCCAGGCAUCGGGCUAGCCGCGUCGUCGCACGCCAUGGUCCCGGCGCCGCCGGGCGAGGAGCCGGGCGCGAUUGUUGUAGGGGGGUAUGAAGGCACGCAGUGGUGGUCGGGGGCGCUGGCGAUCGACCUCGCGGGGCCGCACGGCGCGGGGAGCACGCGACAGGAGGUGUUCGCGUCGUUUGUGGACGCUCUGCGGCCCGUGGCGGGCGCGUGCGGGGCGGAGGGCGGGGGCGGCGGCCGUGCCCCGCCCCUCCCCACGCGCUUGCGCGCGGGGAAACGCGCGAGCCAGCCGCUUGACCUUCGGCCGAGCGGCGCCGCGUCCGCGCCGCCGUCGCCGGUCGACCACAUCAGCCCCCUCACCGACCGCGGCCUCCCCGCGAUCACCGAAGAGGGGGGGGUCGCCGCGAACGGUCCGACUGAGGGCUUGAGCGGCGGCCUCCUGGACGCGGCGGCGCUGCCGGAUCCGAAGCGCGCGAGGCUCGACGCCGCGACGCAGGGCGUGGGCGACGCCGGAUGGCAGCGCAGCCGCACGCGGCCCCCGGGCGCGAGCGCGGAGGGCAUGGCGCUGUCCGGCAUGACGCGCGAGCAGCUCGAGGGCGAGGUCGCGCGCGGGUGGGCUGCGACGCGGAACCUGGAGCGCCAGGUGUGGGACUUGCAGGAGUUGCUGGCGGGGGCGCGGUCAGAGUCGGAACGGCUCGCGGAGAAGCUGCGCGUCACGGACACGCAGUGGCUGCGGACGGCGACGGAGCGGGACGAGAUCCAGGCGGAGGCGGAGCGGCAGCGGGCGGAGGCGGAGCGGGCGCGAGAGCUGCACACGGAGCUCGAGACGGCGCGGCAGAACAUGCAGGGGCUCGAACGGCGGCUGAAGCGCGCGGAGAGGACGGCGAAGGAUGCGGACCAGAGGGUCGCGGACGCAAAGGCCGAGCGGGACAAGGCCCGCGAGACGCUGGAGUCGCGCACGCACACGUUCGACGAGGCCAAGGUGAAGAUCAAGGCGGCCAUGGACCAGCGCGACCAGACCAUCGCGGACCUCCAGCGGCGCGUGCGCGACGCCGAAGCCGCGGCAGAGGAGUGCCGCCUGACCGCCGCGAAGGAGGCGCGCCGGCGCCGCGAGGAGCAGGAGGACGCGAGCCGGCAGCGCGCGACCCUCCGCGCGGACAACGACCGCCUCGGGCGCGAGCUGCGGGCGGCGCAGGGCGAGGCGGAGGCGCAGCGCAGCGAAGCCGCGAUUCUCCGUUCCCGCGCGACGACGCUGGGCGCGGAACGCGACGCCGCGAAGGACGAGCUGGCGCGCGUGACCGACGAGCGCGACCGGGCCGUGCGGGAGCUGCCGCAGGUGAAGGGCGAGCUCCAGGCUGCGCGCGCGGAGGUCGAGCGGCUGCAGGGCCAGCUGUCCGUCGCGGCUGCGGAGCACACGAAGGCAUCGGUGCGCGCGGACGAGGCCCUCGCGGCCGUAGAGGGCGCCGUCGCGGCGCUGAAACGUGCCGGACACGGCCUGCGCAGUGGGCCGUCGCCUGCGCCGCUGUGA